GGACACUUGUGAAUGUGAACGGUCACAUCGGUGGAAGGAAUUUCAUCCUCCUUUCCCAGCUCUUGGCCUAUUUGUUUUUAUUUUUGUUAUUGGUGUCUGCAUAACCAGUCAUUUGUGCAUUUUCCCCAUUUUUUGGGGGGGAAUAGUCUGGUCUUUCAAACCAUACUGUUCUGGUUGUGAUUCACAAUGGAGCUUUUCAAGCAUGGCUUUGAGGAGUGAAUUUGCAGUGCUGUGCUUCUUGCUGGAAAUGAUAAAACUCCUCUAAAACAUGUGAAAAUUAAACGUGCACUGAGUUCUAAUAAAGAAGAUCAACAGGUUUAACCUGCUGUGAUGGCCCGCCUUUACAUCUUUUCAUACGAAUUUACCUCCUCCCCCAGACUUUGUACCCCUUGGGUACCUCUGAAAAGUUCCUACAUUCUCACCUUCGGAUUGGUCUGCAGAAGGAUUCACAGUCAAGUUUUUUGUGGGCGUACUUGUAUUCCAAAAUGAUACUGGGCACGCAAGGAUCUAUGACUGUAGCCUAGCAAGAUCGUUAUACCAAGAGCAACCCGAGAGGUAUUUUUCUUCAAGAUGGGGAGACUUUAUUUGCAGGUGGUAUGGAUAGAGGAGGUUAUGCUCUUCCCAAAGUUCAGCCUCUGUAACCCCAUAAAUGCUUUCCUCAUUUCUCCUUGGCUAUAGAUUGGCUUCAGUUGGAAGGGACCUUAGCGUUCAUCUAGUUCCAAUCUCUCUGCUGUGGUCUUCCUCAUGUUCUUCAUCAGCAUUAUUCUGGAGGAUGAAGGUGGAGUUGAUGGGUGUAGACUCUUUGGAAUUUGGAGCCGUGCAGGGAAGAAUUAAAUUGCUGGAUCUACGUUGUAAUACCUUUGCAAAUGAAGUCUCUGCAAUUGAUUUGAGCAUUUAUUUGAUUAUACCCCUUCUUAAAUAUCUCCCUGCAUGCUUACUUGGUCUUUUAUUUUUUUCUCUUUAGGUGUCUGCCUGUUCUUAUGAGAACCCGUUUGCCUCCUCUGUCUGGCUUUAUCUUCCCCAGUUCUAUUUUGUCUCUCUCCUAUUACUGUUCUCUUUUGGACAAAUAAACUACAUUCUUAAUUCUGGUGGAUUUUUUUUUUUUAACCUCCUUCUUCCUCCAUUAGGAGUUAUUAUGAAAAUAUCAAGUGUAUUUCCUGCAUUUAUCAGUUUGUCUCUUCUAUCUUUACUUCCUGAGGACUGUUGCUAGUGAAGUGCAGAAUGGUAAUGCUAUAUAAAUUUCUUGAAGGGCCAGUGACCAAAGGAGAAGGCAAUUCAAGGUCCAAAUGUGCAAGUAUAAGCAUCUCCAAAAAAGUCAUGCUCUUAUGUAAGUGAGCUACAUCUAGGGUACAUGUUCUCUGCAGAAUUAGUUCACGUGGUCACAGCCUGAUCACAGUGAGUUUUUUAACAUUAGCAUGAGGUACUGCAUUUCAAGACCUUGCCUGAGUUACUGAAGCUGCAGAGGUCCCCAGACAUGUUGCUUGGAUAUGUAUGCCAUUGCUCUUUAUGUAACACUAAGCUGGAGGAUCUUUCUGACCUUCCAGUUAUGUAGUGGGCAAUUGUUGGCCUACAGCCCACGUCCUCCUCGUCAAGUGUGUGGAGAAUGGUGAGAUGCAAGGGGAUGCUUUCAGCCCAAGCGAUUCGAGAUGUACCUCUGUAUUAGUCUGGGGAGGUAAUGUGGGCUUGAGAGAAGAUUUAGCACGUACUAGGAGUUUAACACUAGCUAGUUUUGUGAGGAAACGGACCCUUCAGAAGCAUUGCCUUCCUUCCAGUUCUGAUGAUGCUCUGCUGCCGCAGAAAUUUCUUACAUUCUGUUUUUGCUGUUUGUUGUGGCAGCAAACAUUGAUUUGUUAUUGUCUCUUGUAAAAAUAUCAAUGUUUGAUUGAUUGCUGUGGUGGUAUUUUCACCUACAAACCAAAGGGUAACUGCAAUAACUUCUCGGAGUAAUUUUAGCCAAUGUUGUUCUGACUGAGCUUUGCCGAGGAAGGGUAACUGGUUGCUUUCAAUCUUCCUCUAUGUCUCUUGCCCUGGUGACAUUGUUCAUCGUAGAUCAGUUUAGCUGGAAAAUUUUAGUCAUGUACUUCCCUGCUUUAUAAGCCACUUGGUGAUACCUUCUUUCUUCCACAAGGUCCUUCUGUGUUGUAGAUCAUUUAAGUGAAGGUUCCAUUUGAACAACCUUUAUCUCUUUGUGUGUGUGUAUGUAUUUUACAUGCACAUAUAUAUAUACACACAUGCACCACGUGAUAUACGUAUAUAAUAGAAUAUAUAAUACAUCACAUACAAUAUGCAUCAUAAUAUAUUGCAUAUUAAGUUUUAAAUAGAAAUUGUAUAGUGCAGUAUAUUGGCUAUAAAGUUGUAUCUAUGAAGUAGUAUAUCAUGUAUGCUACUGUUUUUCUUUCAGACAGUGCAACAGAUGAAGUGAUUUUCCUCAGAAUUACUUAGAGCUUGCCAGCAGUCUACUCUCUAUGAGCCAAGCAUGAUUGUUCGUCAGGCUUUCCUUAUACGUUGCUAGAUUGAUGCUUUCAAAGCACAAUUUCACCCAGGACUAGCCCCUUCUCAACCCCUCUAUGACUUCUAAUGACUUCAGCAUUGAAAAACCUGUUCUGGUUAGCUAACUGAUUCUACCCUGUACAGCACAGCACAAGGCAGGGAAUUUCACCUGGGGGUCUUCACAGAAAACAUUAGAGCAUUUUUUAGAAGAAAAGGGGAAAAUAUCAUUAAAGAUUUCUGGCAAUACACUAGAUCCCUAGGAAAGUUUUUCAAAUAAUUAUCCCAGUUUUCAGAUUUUACCCUGCUUCUGUCUGAAAUUUUUCUAGCUUCAGCUCCUAUCCAUUAAAUCUAGGGUCUUCGGUUUGUGGAUUAAAGAGCUCUCUCUUAUCAGCAAUUUUCUCUCUUUGUAAUAUUCGUAGGCCACGGUCAUCACCUUUUGACCUUUUCUCUAAUAAACUAAACAUGUUGAGCUUCUUAAGGCUCUUUUUGUAAAGAGGAAGGGGAGUUACCAGACCUCACAUCUUCCUUAUUGUUCUUUCUCAGAAGUUUUCAAUUUGUCAGCAUCAUUUUUGAAGUGUGCAAGACAAAACUACAUACGCUACUCCCAUAAUCGUAGAAUCACCAGGGUUGGAGUCAUCCAGUCCAACCAUCCAUUUGUCACCGGUAUUUCCCACUAAACCGUGACCCCUGAGUAAAACGUCUAAACUUUUCUUGAACACCUCCAGAGAUGACUCUACCACCUCCAACACCUGACCACUUUCUCAGAGAAGUAUUUCCUAACAUCCAACCUGAACCUCCCCUGGUGCAACUUGAGACCGUUCCCUCUAGUUCUACUGCUAGUUACGUGCGAGAAGAGAUCGACCCCUACAUCACCACAACCUCCCUUCUGGGAGUUGUAGUCAGUGAUAAGAUCACCCUUGCGCCUCCUCUUCUCCAGACUAAACAAUGUCAGCUACCUCAGCUGUUCCUCAUAAGGCUUGUGUGCCAGACCCCUCACCAGCUCCUGCAUGUAGUCAGGUAAAAACAUUCCUCUAUUCCUGCUCUUGAAGAGCACCUCUCUCUUUAUGAACUGGUGGAUUUCAUUCAUUCAGGAAUGGCCCCCUUAGAAGUCCUGUACUGGGAAUUCGUGUUCACUUUGCUACCGACUGUUAAUUACAAGGCCUUUUCAGAGCUUCUGUUUAUCCUCAAAUCUUCAUCCUUGAAAGCAUUCUACAUUCUUCUGUUCUUCAUGUCAAAAUCUUCCAUAAUUAAAAUGCUUGUCUUUUUAUGCAGCCUCAUUGUUGCAGUAAUACCAACUGAUCUGUGCUGCAUACUCUGCCUCAGCACUACCCGCAGGCAUUACUGUGUUUCUGCAAACUUAGUUUGGCCGGUGCCUUCACCAACUGCCAGUGAGUCCCAUGAUGAUCCAUUGUUGUCCCUCAAUGGCAAGCUUUAGGAAAUACGCUUUUUGACAGUGGAUCCAAGCAUGAAGUCCUUUUGACAGGACAGGUCAUGCUCCUGCCAUAUCUGUGCGCUGGGUCAGAGGUUACCAAGUGCUGCUUUACAAAGAUUGCCCAAUGCUUUUAAUGUCUUAUAUGAUUAAUAUGUCUUGGGCAGCGUUUUCACUUGCCAUCCUAUCUUUUCCCCUGGCUAUCCAGUUUGGGCUUAAUCUGGUAAAAAUCAUGCCUAUGAGCUGAGUUGUCUACUUGAGAGAUGGAGGCCUGUAUCUGUGGUUCUGUAAGGAAGAUUACGCUUAUGUACAUGGCAGCUUUUUUGCAUGAAUUUGUUAUUUUAAAAUCUUCUGGGAUCAGGGAGAAUCUUGGAUGUUUGUGGCUUCUAAUACUUCAUUGUAUCAUGAUCAGGAAGACCUUGACUUGGCCAAAAUCGUCAUGUUUUCUGAUCUUGUAAAAUCAUCAAGAACUAAAUCCAAUUGCUCUUUGUGAACUUGGUGAAGUAUGUAAGACUAAACUUCUAUUCCUCUCCCAGGAGUGAUUCAGUGCUGGCACAGGUUCCUGUGUGACUGAGGAAACUGUUCCCUGAGAUGUUCAUGAUGAUAUCACGUAGCCUUGCAGUUUGCCAUGAACAGGGGAUUUGGGUGGAGAUCUCUGGAGAUUUCACGCGUAAAUGUUCCUGUGACAAACUAUUGGCGUGCCCUUCUCUGAGCCCUACAGCUGAGGGCAAGAUCAUCCCUCUUAGCCAGUUCUGUAGACCAGGGAUGAUCUAUGGGAUUCCAUACAAGGGAGUGACUCAGAGCUUAUCAGUGCCUUGUGCCUGCAGCUCAACUGUUCCUGUGCCCAUCUCCUUGGCUCUAGUUCACUCCUUUUCUUUUGGAUUGUCUGUCUGUCUUCUUCCCACUCAGACUCUUGGCCUUUGCAAAAAUGGCUGUCAUGUUGACUUCACCGUUAGUCCUGGAUUCCUAGAAACAGAAUCCAAAGGCCAUACUCAGGUCACUGCCUGCAAAACCCCUCUGGGUACCAUGCCAGCUUACUUUCUUUUGCAAACUUAGUGCAUUCUGCAUUCAUAAUAAAGAUUUUGUUUUACCCUUGUUAUGCUCCAGGGAAAGCUGUUUCAGAGCCAAAUGGGUAAGAGUUUUCUCAUUUCCAUCUUAAAAUUGUUGACAGCCAUUUUACACCACCCUUCUUCCUCAACUUAAGUACCCCUUCUAACUCUGUGUUUAAUUUUUGGUGUUCUGCAGACAGUAAUUGCAUGACCUCAGCUUUCAUAUUGUAAUAUUUAGAAAAGUAAUAUCUUUAUAGGUCUUGGACAUGACAGACUCUUUGUGUCCCUCAGUAUUCUGGCAACUGCUUUCUGUACCUUCUGUAAUAUACUUUGGUCUUUACAGAUGCUGGGUAACCAAAGCAUUGUGUGGGUUGCCUGACAAGUUCAGUGUCCAGUGGUAUUGACACUUUCUUCCUCAUUGCUUGAUAAUACUUUUCUGAUACCGUCAAAAUAACAAUGAUCUCCUUAGCCUUCCUGUGGUUAAUAAAUCCCUCCCCUCUCCAGUGUUCCCUACUGAUGAGCAGAAGUUCUGAUGGUGCAUUUGCUUAUUGUUUCUCUUCAUGCUAUUGAAUAAUGGCCAUCUCGUCCAGAGUCUGUUGCUCCAGCAGUGGUCACUAUUGAAUAUGUAGGAAAAAGAAUAAUAUAAAGUGAGCUUAUAUGCCAUAUUCCUCUGGUACUCCUACAGGUUUCAGCCAUUUUCAGUGCAGGGACUGCCAUAGCUAGAUGUGAUUUCCUGCUAUUCACUGAGCUUCACAUACUCUAUCUUGCACAAAACUCUUCUCUCCCCUUAAGCCCAUGAAAAUUUCUAGCACUCACAAAGUCCUUUGAGAAAUUCUGCAGUGAACCACCCAAUUCAAGAACCAUUUCUUUCUGUUGAUUUUGAACUUGUUCUUUGUAGCAUUUUAUGAUGGUUCUCAUUUUUUGUGCUGGAAGACAGUGAGAAAUUAUUUUAUACCCAACUCCUACUUUUCACGUAUGGCUUUACAGACCUUGCUGACAUCCUCAUUUAGUAAUCUUUUUUUUUUUCUUUCUUUCUUUCUUUCUGGACAAAGAUAUUUAAUUCAUUCAGUCGUGCCUUUUCAUUGCCUUUUCUAGUUUCUGUGGAAGGAACAGAGCUGCAAGCAUGUGUGGGCAAAGCAUGUGUUUUUGCAAGUGCAUAAUGGUAUCCACUAUUUUGUUUUCUGUUCAUUUCUACUAGGCUGUUUACUUUCUUGAUAGCUACUGAGCGCCAAAGUGAUGUUUUCAUGGGUCAGCCUCCCAUACCCCAAGGAUCUUGCUCUUGAGUGGCACUGCUCAGUUAAGAGUCCGUCGAUUUAUACGUGGAGUGCCCACCAGGGUCUUGUUGCCUUGCUGGUAUAAGCCCUCCCUUCCAGAAGACCUGCUCUUGCCCACCUCCGUCUCCCUCAGAACAGCAGAAGGGGGCUGCAGAGAGAGAAAAAUUUAUGUUUUCAUCAAGCCGUGCCAAGGAGAAUGGGGGUCCCACACCCAAAAGAAUGAAGACACGACAGAACAAGGAUUCGAUGUCUAUGCGGAGUGGACGGAAGAAAGAGACUCCAGGGCCCCGAGAGGAGCUCAGGUCACGGGGUCGAGCUUCCCCCAGUGGUGUAAGCACCUCCAGCAGUGAUGGCAAAGCUGAGAAAUCCCGACAAGCAACAAAGAAAGGCCGGGUGGAGGAAUCCUGUACCCCCAAGGGCAGCAAGCAGGGCCGAACAGAAGAGAUCUCUGAAAGUGAGGGGGAGGACAGCAAUGCUCCUAAAAAGACCAAAACUGAGGAAUUACCCUGUCCUCCAUCCCCUUCUGACGUUGACAGCCUUGAUGGCCACAGCUUCAAUGAUGAGAUGAGCAGCGACCCACGGGACAUCGACCAGGAUAACAGGAGCACCUCACCCAGUGUCUACAGCCCUGGCAGCGUGGAGAAUGACUCCGACUCCUCCUCUGUGCUGUCCCAGGGCCCAUCCCUCUCCUACCACCACCCUCCGCUCUUCCCCCAGAGCCCUCCAGUCGCCCCUACUUCUGACAGCCUGGCCCGUCCACCUGAGCCUGGCUUCAGUCUCCCAGGCGAGGCCCACCCCCAGGGCCCCACUGCUGGUGGCUACCACUCCCAGCUGGAGGGCCAGACCUCCCGCAUUUUCCAGGCUCCAGCCCCACAGACACCCGCCUCAUCUUCUUCUGCUGUUGCCACCACUUCUGCCCCCUGCUCUUCUUCCUCCUCCUCUUCUUCCACUUCCACCCAUGCUCCUCUCUACCCUACGGCCAAUGUGGUUCAAGUUGGUUCCAAAAUUGCUGGUGGAGCAGGGGGCCUCUCAGCACCGGGGAAUCGCGAGCAGACCCUCAGCGCGAAGCACAAUCCACCACCCACCACUCCCAUCUCACUGGCGUCGGUGGUUGGGGGGUUGCCCCCUCAGAAGACCUCCCCAGCCAACCCACCGCCUGCCCCCCCAGCCUCCGCACCUUCCUUCCCGCACGUCUCAGCCAACCUCCCACCCCCACCAGCCCUACGCCCACUGAACAACGUGGCAGCCUCCUCCAGUUCCCCAGGGAUGGCAGGGCAGGCCUUGAGUGGGCACUUGGCAUCACCCCAUGGGAUGGGCCAGGACAAGGCACAGCCCCUGGCCCCCUCACGCUACCCCUAUGCCCCUCCGCAGCUGCCACCCUCCAGCUCCUCUGCUCAGUACCCACAGCCAUCCCCCACCCAGCCCCUGCCCAGUUACACUGCCUCCUAUGGGCAUUCCUUCCCCCCGCCCAGCGGCCUUUCAGUGUCCAGCCAGCCCCCCAAGUACACCCAGCCCUCCCUACCCUCACAGCCUGUAUGGAGCCAGGCCCCUCCUCCCUACAGCCGCCCCCUGGGCAAUGCCAGCUCCCAUCUCCCAGCCUCCUUCCCUGGUCAGUCUCCUCAUCACCAGCAACCACCCCAGCAGCACCACCAUGGCCACGGCAGUGGCGGGGGGGUCUCCCCAGCUGUAGCAGCGGCCCCCCCACAGCCCCCUGGGGGUUAUCCCCAUGCCCUGGAGUCCAACAGCCAUCACCCAUCUCAUGCCACAUAUGGGUUGCGCCUCUACCCUCCCCACAGCCAGGCCACUUACAGCCAGGCUCCCUCAGCUGCUACAGCCCCUUCUUCCUCUUCCUCCUGUUCUUCCUCCUCUUCCUCUUCCUCCUCCUCAUCCACCUCUUCCCAGGGAAGCUACCCCUCCAUAUGCACUCAUCCCCCAGGGCAGAGUCCUGCCACCUACACCUUCCCCCCACCGCCGCCCCCCUCCCCGGCCCAUGGGGCUGGCCCUCCAGUCACCUCUGCAGCCACCACCCUCUCUACCGUCAUCACCACCAUGGCCUCCCCAUCUGCGGCCCCCUACAAGACCGUCUCACCCCCAAUGCCCCCUUCAGCUGUGACCCCAUAUGGGAAAUGUGCAGCCUCCCCCGUCCCCACCUUCCAGCCCCCAGCUCCCUACAAGCCGAGCUCUCCCCCUGCUUCCUCAGCUGCCCCUUUCCGGGCUGCAACCCCCCCAGGCUACCGGGUAGCAUCCUCCCCUGUGGCCAGUGGCUACAAGGCCGCCUCACCCACCCCGCCUGCCCCACCGCUGCCAGGGAGUUUAGCCACCCCAGCCCCACCUCUGCCACUCAGCGCUGCCCAGAUCAAGCAGGAGCCAUCAGAGGAGUACGAGCCCCCCGAGAGCCCUGUACCACCUGCUCGUAGCCCCUCACCACCACCCAAGGUGGUGGAUGUGCCAAGCCACGCCAGCCAGUCGGCCAGGUUCAACAAGCACCUGGAUCGUGGCUUCAACUCCUGCUCCCGCACGGACUUGUACUUCGUGCCCCUUGAUGGCUCCAAACUGGCCAAGAAGAGGGCGGACCUGGUGGAGAAAGUGCGGCGGGAGGCUGAGCAGAAGGCUCGGGAAGAGAAGGAGCGAGAGCGGGAACGAGAGCGAGAGAAGGAGCGGGAGCGGGAGAAGGAGCGAGAGCUGGAGAGGAGCGUGAAGAUGGCCCAGGAGGGCCGGCCAGUGGAGUGCUCCUCACUGGGGCCUGUCCCCCACCGCCCUUCCUUUGAGCAGGGCAGCGCUGUGGCGACUGUGCCCCCCUACCUGGGCCCCGACACCCCGGCCCUGCGCACGCUCAGCGAAUACGCCCGGCCCCACGUCAUGUCCCCCAGCAACCGCAACCACCCUUUCUACGUGCCGCUGGGUGCCAUCGACCCAGGCUUGCUGGGCUACAACGUGCCGGCCAUCUACAGCAGCGACCCAGCCACACGGGAGCGGGAGCUGAGGGAGAGGGAAGCCCGUGAGAGAGACCUGAGGGACCGAGACCUGCGUGAGCGCCUCAAGCCUGGGUUUGAAGUCAAGCCGGCUGAGCUGGAGCAGCUCCAUGCCGUGCCAGCUGCUGCCAUGGAUCCAUUCCCACGCCAUGGCGGGCUCAGCCUGCAGACGGCCCCCGGUCUCCAUCCUGCCUUUCCCUUCCACCCGGGGCUGGGCCACUUGGAGAGGGAGAGGCUGGCGCUGGCAGCUGGCCCCACUCUGCGUCCUGACAUGUCUUAUGCUGAGCGCCUGGCAGCCGAGCGCCAGCACGCCGAGCGGGUGGCUGCUCUCAGCAAUGACCCACUGGCCCGGCUGCAGAUGCUCAAUGUGACGCCUCAUCACCAUCAGCAUUCCCAUAUCCACUCCCACCUACACCUCCACCAGCAGGAUGCCAUACAUGCAGCCUCAGCCUCUGUCCACCCUCUGAUCGACCCCCUUGCCUCGGGAUCGCACCUCACUCGGAUCCCCUACCCAGCUGGCACCAUCCCCAACCCUCUGCUCCCUCACCCUCUCCAUGAGAACGAAGUGCUGCGCCACCAGCUCUUUGCUGCUCCCUACAGAGACCUGCCGGGGUCUCUCUCUGCGCCCAUGUCGGCAGCACACCAGCUGCAGGCCAUGCAUGCGCAGUCAGCCGAGUUGCAGCGCCUGGCUCUGGAGCAGCAGCAGUGGCUCCAUGCUCACCACCCUCUGCAUGGAGUGCCACUCCCCACCCAGGAGGAUUACUACAGUCACCUGAAGAAGGAAAGUGAUAAACCCCUUUAAAUUGACUCCAACUGUCAACGUGACAUCCCCAUGUCUUUCUGUGAAUCAACCAAAUCCCAGGGGAGGGGAAGCUGCAGUGAUGCGUGUCAAUCCUACCCUGCAGCACACUGCAAGAAAGGAUGGGACCGAGCUAUGGUAUGGCAUCCUGGGAGCAGAAUGUGGAGGAGAGCACACAGGGAGGGACUGCAACACCAGUGAUGGACCUGAAAGGUUCUGUCCAUGAUUUCAGCAGAGCUCCGGAGUAAUUAAAAUCUGCAUCACAGGGAGCUCAAAAAGAUAAAAGACUGGUGUGAAUUCAAGAUUGCAGCAGCUCCAUCCUUCGUUUUGAGGGAGCGGUUGUGUUAAAUAGAAAAGGACUCACGGGACCUCACAUCCACGAUGCCACCUUUCCUGCAUCUGUGAGCAGGAGCUGCAGCCACCGCGCACCUCCAAACCCAGCGGAGCCUUUCUUCUACAUGCCUCCUCCUCCCCCACACUGUAGGUGUAAGAUACUGCUUAGCGAUGCCGAAAAGCAACACGGAACUUGUUCAGAUGAGCCUGAGCGGCCUCUCGUUCUCCAGCCUCCCUUCAGAUGCGAGCAGUGCGUUCCCGGACCUUUGAAACACGGCACUGCUGCCCGCUGCCGAGGCAGCUCCCGGCUGCUGCUUCCUAAGCGCUGCGGGACUGCUGGGCGCGGCCAUGCUUCCCUCACACCUCACGGAUGGCCCUUGGUCCCAGCGCCAGGCCCGGCCCAGCGGCACCCCUGCCCUCACCCCCCCACUUGGUGUACUUUGACUCAUGCACAUCCUAUUAGACGUGGCAGUUUGAUGUAGCAACGUGUGCCCCCGUCCCCCGCGUGCGUGUCUGAUCUCACGGUUGUAUAACUCGAGCGGUCCCCAUAUAUAUAUUUACUUAACCAUUAAAAGGAAAAGGAAACCGACCCACGGCCCAGGUAUGGAAAAAUGCCCCGACCACGUUCCCCACGCACUCCCCACCACACAUUCUAAUAAUUUAUAUAUAUAAAUAUAUAUAUGAAGCUCUUAAAAAGAAAAGCGAACAAGCAAACAAAAACCCUUCCAGAA